CAGCGUCUGUGUUGUUCAGACGGGAGCUCGAGGCACGAUGGCAGCAGCUAAACCUUCCGUGUCUGUGGAUCAAUACGUCUGCUCACUGUGCCUGGAGGUCCUGAAGGAGCCGGUCACCAUCUCGUGUGGACACAGCUACUGUAUGGACUGUAUUAAUGACUGCUGGGACCAGACAGAUACACAGGGGGGCUACAGAUGUCCUCAGUGCAGAAAAACAUUUAACGUGAGGCCUGAGCUGAACAGAAACACCAUAUUGGCAGAACUGAUCGAGAACCUGAAGGAGGUGACGGCUCAUGCUGGCCCAUCUCAGAGUUACGCUGGUAUUGGUGAUGUGCCCUGUGACGUUUGUCUAGGGAGAAAACGUAAAGCUUCAAAGACCUGCCUGACCUGCAUGGCCUCCUACUGCGAGUCUCACCUGCAGCCCCACUUGGAGUUUCCGGCCUUCAAGAGACACAAAAUAGACAAGGUGACUGAAAAACUUGAAGAGAAACUCUGUGGAAAACACCAGAAGGUUCUGGAGAUCUUCUGUAGGACUGACAAGAGCUGCAUCUGCUUAUUGUGUGCGGCGACUGAACAUAAGAGUCACGACACGGUGACUCCCGAUGUGGAGAGAACUGGGAGACAGAGUCAGGUGGAAAACAGGCAGGCUGAAUUAAAAACGAGAAUCGAGGAGAAAGAGAAGGAACUGGAGGAGAUGAAGGAGAUGGUAGAGAAGAUUCAGAGCUCUGCAGAGAAGGAGGUGCAGGAACACGAGGAGACCUUCAACUCGGUACUUGAGUUUCUUGAGAGGCUGAGGUCAGAGGUCACUGAGGUCAUUAGAGAUUACAAGAGGAGAGAAAUGAGAAAGGCUGAUGAGCUCAUGGAGCGACUAAAGAAGGAGAUCGAGGAGCUGAAGACGAGAGACACCGAGCUGGACGAGCUUUCGCAGACAGAGGACCACAUCCACUUUUUACAGAAGUUCCCAUCUCUCUGUGCUCCUCCUGAAGGUGGACAUUCAUCCAACAGCACUCUUAACAGAGACUUCCUCCCGGAGACGUUGAGGAAGGACCUUUCUUACCUGAAGAGGAGCCUGGAGGAGAUCAAAGGCUGGGAGUUUGUGAAGACCACUGAGACCGGGGCUCACAAUCCAGGCCGUAUCCUGCAGAAUCUGAGAAGUAGAAAUUACCUCUUAAAAUACUCCUGUCCACUCACGCUGGACCACAACACGGCAAACAGACAACUCCGCCUGUCUGAAGGGACAAGGAGGGUGACAUGUCAGCAGGCAAUAUCAUCGUAUCCUGAACAUCCUGACAGAUUUGACUGUUGGUAUCAAGUUCUGUGCAGAGAAGCUCUGACGGGGGCUCGUUGGUACUGGGAGGUCGAGUGGAGUGGAGAUGAGGUUGUAAUUGGCGUGACAUAUAAAGGAAUUAAACGGAAAGGCACAGGUACAGAAUGUUUCCUUGGAUUCAAUGACAAGUCCUGGAGUUGUAGGUAUUUUAAUUCCCGUUACUUAUUUUAUCACAAUAAAAUGUCUACUACAACCAAAGUACCCAAGAGUCACACAAUCGGUGUGUUUCUGGACUGUCUCACUGGCUCUCUGUCAUUUUAUAGUAUCUCAGACACAAUGACCCUCCUGCGUAGGUUUAAGACCACCUUCACUGAGCCACUUCUUCCAGGGUUUUGGGUUAAACUUAACUCCAGUGUGACAAUCUGCUCUCUGAACCGGCUUGACCGAAGCAGCACCUGUGUUGUUCAGAAAGCAUCUCUGUUCAAAAUGGCAGCAGCUCACCCUUUACUGUCUGCUGAUCAGUACUCCUGCUCACUGUGUAAGGACGUUCUGAAGGAGCCGGUCACCAUCCCGUGUGGACACAGCUACUGUAUGCGCUGUAUAAAUGACUACUGGGACCAGUCAGAUACAGAGGGGGUCUACAGCUGUCCUCAGUGCAGAAAAACAUUUAAUGUGAGGCCAGAGCUGAACAGAAACACCGUAUUAGCAGAGAUAAUAGAGAACAUGAAGGAAGUGACAGCAGAUGACGCUCCAUCUCAGAGUUACGCUGGGCCUGGCGAUGUGCCCUGUGACAUGUGCCCAGGGAGAAAACGGAGAGCUUCGAAGACCUGCUGGACCUGCAUGAUGUCCUACUGUGAGACUCACCUGCAGCCCCACUUGGACUUUCCAGCCUUCAAGAGACACAAAAUAGACAAGGUGACUGGAAACCUUGAAGAGAAACUCUGUGGAAAACACCAGAAAAUUCUGGAGAUCUUCUGCAGGACCGACAAGAGCUGCAUCUGCUUACUCUGUGCGACGACUGAACAUAAGAGUCACAACACGGUGACGCCGGAUGUGGAGAGAGCUGGGAGACAGAAAGAGUUGGCAAAGACAAAGUCUGAAAUAAAAAAUAGGAUUGAAGAGAAAGAGAAGACAAUGAGAGAGAUGAAGGAGAUGGUAGAGAAGAUUCAGAGUUCAGCAGAGAAUGAAGUGCAGAACCUCGAGGAGACCUUUAGGUCUGUACUUCAGUCCAUUGAGAGGCUGAGGUCAGAAGUCACUGAGGUGAUUAGAGAGUACGAGAGGAGGGAAUUGACAAAGACUAAAGAAUUCAUUGAGCGACUGGAGAAGGAGGUCAAGGAACUAAAGAUGAGAGACACAGAGCUGGCUGAGCUUUCACAGACAGACGACCACAUUCACUUCCUAAAGAAGUUCCCAUCUUUUGGUUUUCCUCCUGGAGAUGGAGCGGCACCCGAAAUCACCGUUAACAAAGACGUUCUUCCUGAGAUGCUAAGGAAAGACCUUUCUGAUCUUAAGAAGAGUCUGGAGGAGGUCAGAGGAUGGGAAUUGGUGAAGACCAUUAAGAAUGGGAUUGAUGAUACAAGUUACAGCCUACAGAAACUAAGGAGUAGAAAUUAUCUUUUAAAAUAUGCCUGUCCACUAACUCUGGACCCCAACACGGCACACAGACGCCUGCACCUCUCUGAGGACAACAGGAAGGUGAAAUUUGAGAUAAAAUACUUCCCAUAUCCUGACCAUCCUGAAAGAAUUGACCAUUUCACACAAGUUCUAUGCAGAGAGGCUUUGAGUGGGACUCGCUGUUACUGGGAGGUCGAGUGGGCUGGACAAGCGUUUAACAUUGGAGUGACGUAUAAAGGAAUUGGCAGGAAAGGGACAACUCAGGAGAAUGUCCUUGGAUGCAAUGACAAGUCCUGGUGUUUGCACUACAGUAAUUGCAGAUUUUAUAAGUGGCACAAAAAAAAAGGUACCAUCAUCAGCACCCCCUGCAGUCACCGAAUAGGCGUCUAUCUGGACUGGCCUGCUGGCUUGCUGUCCUUUUACAGCGUCUCUGACACAGUGACCCUCCUGCACACGCUCAACACCUCCUUUACAGAGCCGCUCUAUCCAGGGUUUUGGGUUGGAAAAGAUUCCAGUGUGACAAUCUGUCCCUUGAACCUGUCUGACCAGUGACCGGCACGGGCAGCAGGUCACUUCAUGCCAUCUGUCACAAAGAUUGGGUUAAUUUUUGGAGAGAAGAAGAAAAAUUGUUGGGAUCACAUCAAAGUCCUGAAUUAAACCAAAGUGUUCAGGUGGUGAAACAACACAAAAGGUUAAAGUCAUGUUUACGCCAUAUGGCGUCUAUCAGUGACAGAAAGAUAAAUGUGCAAUUUGAUAAAAACCUGAAGACUUUAAGAAAAAAAACAUAAAGGGAAAUGAAUGAAGAGGACAACAGGGAGACCUGCAGUAGACUGUAAGGUGGGAAACGUAGACACUUCAGUGAGAGACAGGGGGCACCACACACUGUGUACUCAGUGGAGCUCAUAGGUUAGGUGGGCUCAGCAGGGUAGACAUCAGCUGUGGACGGAUGGAUGUUAGAGAUUUGAAAGUGACCAGCAGAAGCCUCAGGGUGAUUUGGGUGGUGGGGUGGGUUGGGAUAAAAGGACAUCUUUAUAGCGUCCACUCAAGAAUAAGAGCAGGCAGGAUGAAGAAUGGCGGAAAGGGUCAGUGCCACAGUGGAACAAAAGCCCCUUGGUGUGGACUUUAACGCUUGUGGGUGUGCUUUGAAAGAAAAGUCCAGGACUUUAAAAUGUGUGAAAUAUGAAAGAUGCUAUAUAGUGUGUGAUUAAUGAUUUUAGUAGUUGUAGUUUAGUCAGUUUUGUGGUGACUGGCGACACUCAACAUUAAAGGUUCUUUAUAAUACAUUUUGAUUGAGUGACUAUGCAGGAUUUAAUGCCACUGAGAUGAUUUGUGAUCACGGACUGAAUUUAUUAAAUGGGAGAACUGGUGACAGAAUACAGAAAUAAAUAAUGAUAUUGUAUUGGGGUGAAAUAAUUGUACUUUUUACAGGUGAAAUAAGACCUGUAAAAUUGAAUUUGUGUAUAUAUUAGGAUUUUUAUAGAAUUACUUAGAAAUGUGGCAGCUUUUAAGUGAAUAAACUGGGAAGGCUAACAAUAGUUCUGAUUAUGUGAUGUUGGAUAGAAGGCAGCACAGGAGUCCUAGAAAUGAGAAGGUGUGUUAUAAAAUAAAUGGGGAAUACAAGAAUUCAUUAAAAAUAAACUGAAUAACACCGUGAGAUAAGCAAAUGUAAAAUCAAAUACUAGAAAAUGUGUUGUUAUAUAUUAAAUUGCAUAAGAUAUACUGUAAGCUCAGAUAAACUAACCAGUGUGUACAGCAUACUAAUAAGAAAAUCCUCAUGCCAGUCCUAAGAGAAAUAGGGUCGUAACUAAAAGCCUCGACCUCCUGAUAUGAAGCUUGCUGUGUGACUCUGAUCUGAACUGUUCACGAUGUUUGACUUCAUCCAUUAUUGUAUGUGACAUUUGGGUGUAUGUCUGGUUUCUCUGCCAAUAACCAUACGUUUCAAUGGAAAUAAACUUUGACUAUUAUCUGAA